GUAUGCGUAUUGCGGUAAUCGAACUUUCCGAACCACAUCUCUAAUUUUCAAGCCAAAAAUGGCGAAGUGUGUGGAAUUUUUACUUUUUCUUCAGUUCGGAAAUUAGUUUUGUUGCAAAUUACAUAAAAAAAACAUUGGGGUAAGUUAAGUGAUGACUAAAAUGUAUUUGGAGCACAUGUACAAUCAGUAGACAAUAACAUAAUGCGAAAAAACCCAUUUCCUUGCGACCUAAAGAGUGAAAAAAAAGAGGAGUGAGAAUGUGGAACCAAUGGCCUGCAGUAGCGGCUUUGGUGCCAGGCGCCGUGCCAAUGGCUGCACCACCCCAGCCCUCGGUACCGCCACCUCUGCCCGACGCACCGCCACCGCCGCCGCCCGCCGAGCAGCCAUCCACAGUCACCUCGGUGGUGCCCGGCGGCGUCGCUGUUGCCGCCGCCGCUGAACCAGUCACCAUGCCUGCGGCACUUGGAGGCAACCCCUACAGCACAGCUGGCCAAACGGCCACCAACCCCUAUGAACAGUACACGGCUGCACAGUACGCGGCCAUGACCCCCGAGCAGCAGUAUGCGCUGCAGCACCACUGGCAUCAGUGGCAGACCUACCAGCAGGAGUAUGCCAAGUGGCAUGCCCAAUACGGCGAGCAGUACAAACGGGAGAUGGCUGCCGCAGCAGCUGGUGGUGCAAAUCCCACGGCCGUAACUGCCGUCGCUGUCGCACCAGCGCCCGUAGCAGCAGCAGCAGCUGUCGUGAUGCCCACCGCUGUGGCAGUACAGCCGGGAGUGCAGGGCUAUCCCCCGGCACAACAGACAUACUACCAGGCUCCGCCGGCGGUGGCUCCAGUGCCCGUUCAAGUGCCCCCCAAUCCAGCGGUAGCUGGAAUGCCGGGCAAGAUUAUGGCCCAGCCGCAGAUGUACAGCCAACCACCGCCGCCGCCACCGCAGAAGAAUGCCCAUCCCGGAGGCUACAUGCAGCAGCCGCAGCACCAGCAGCAGCAUCAGGCAAAUCCCAAUAUGUGGCCCAACGUCCCACCGGCGGCACAGCAGCAGCAGCAUCUCCAGCAACCACCGCCGGCGUCUCAUUACAACCAAAUGGCACAGCCACAGCCACAGAUAAGAGGCUACAGUCAGCCACCCAACGAGAUGCAGGGCAACAUGAAUCCCUUUCCCAAUCUGCAGCAGCCGCCGCCUGCAUUUAUGGGCGCUGAUCCCAAGAUGCGCCAGCCGCCGCCCAAUGCCAUGGAGAACCAAUGGAACCAGCAGCAGCAUCAGCCUCCGCAACGUAAUGCACCACGGUGGGAGGGGCCCACAGAUGGACCUGGACCAGGCCCAGGUCAAGGUCCAGGUCUCGGUCCAGGUCCAGGUCCCGGUCCCGUAGGACCCGCCAGAUGGGAGGGACCUCCCCCAUCUGGAGGGAAUGCAAACAAUCGCUGGAAUUCCGGAGCGCCUCCACCUGCCGCCGAUACAAACAGACGCUGGGACGGACCCCCGCCUCCGCAGGGUGGGGAUGGCAACAAUCGCUGGAGCGGACCGCCGCCGUCGUCCUCGGCUGAGGCUAAUCGGGGACGCUGGGAUGGACCACCCCCAUCUAUGCAGGACAAACAGCAGGAGCAGCAGCAGCAACAGCCGCCGGGGGGCAGCAGCAACAAUCAGCGGAUGAAUCGUUGGUCUACGAGUAAUCCCGAUAUGGAGCAGCGUCAUGGAAAUAAAUCGAACCCGAAUUUCCAGCGCAAGGGCUGGAGCGAUGGACCUGGGCAGCAGGCGGGAGGAGGAGGAGAUGGCCCUGCCGCGCAGCGCGGCCAGAAUCCUUUUACACAGAAUUCUGGACAGGAGUUUCUCUCAAAUCAAGAAGGAUUUAGCGGUGGUCGCGGCGGAGGCCCACCUGGACCUGGACCUGGACGAUCGAUUGCUGGAAAUUCCGGCGGCGUUGGCGGAAACUCGGGAAACUUUGGCAAUAGCCCCGGAGGAGGAGGAGGAUCGAACUUUAAUAACAACAACAGCUAUGGCGGUGGCGCUGGCGGAGGAGUUCCCGAUAAUUCUGGGAGCUUUGGCAACAAUUAUGGGGCAAACAACCGCCGUGGUCCUCCGCCCAACAACAACAACAAUGCGGGACGCUGGGAGAAUCAGGGAUACAUCGAAGAGAGAGGUGCCAACAGCGAUGGCGGUGGCCAGAAUCGUGGAAACUUUGGUCAAAGGAACAGCAACAACAACAACAAUCCACAGCAGCAGCAGCAUCCACGUGGAGGUGGAGGAGGCGGAGGCGGACCAGGAGGAGGAGCUCCUGCUGGGCCAGAUCUGGAUGAGGCGAGCUUCGAUCGUUUGUUCGAUCAGUGGGAGCAGCAGUUCGAGGACUGGAAACGGGCCAAUGCCAAUCAUCCGGAUCGCGACGAGUACCGUCGCUACGAGGAGGAGUUUGAGAAGCAGCGCCGUCGCAUUGCCGAGCGACGCGAGCAGAUGCGUCGUCGCCGUCAGGCUCAAGAGAGUGGAGGUCCAGGAGGAGGAGGAGGUGGCCCAGAUGGUCCACCAGUCGGACCAAUGGGCAGCAAAGAUCCCAUCGAAGACAUGGAAGACGGUGGCGGACGCUUCCGUGGUGGAUCCUUUGAGGGUCCAAACAGAGGUGAUCCUGGAAUGGACGGACAGGGACACGGACCAGGUCCUGCUUUUGAGAGAGAACCCUUUGGAGCUCGAGGACCUGGACCUGCCUUUGAUGGUCCCAAUCGCGGUGGUCCUGGACCUGGAGCUGGCGGUAGACCUGGCUUCGGCGGCAGACCUGGUCCAUUCCCAGGCGGGAAUCACGAGCAGCGUCGUGAGCAGGAGACCCAGCAGCAGCCGCCGCCCAUGCGCCGGGAACAUGUCGUGGAGCCUCCCAUGGCGCUGAAGAUUGGAUCUCCACAGAAGCAGUUGUCGCCCAAGAAGCCCCUAGAGCAUCAGCAGCAGCAGCAGCAACAGCAGCAGCAUCAGCAUCAGCAGAAGAGCAAGCCUUCGUCUGCGCCUACUCCUGGACCUGUACCAAUGUCUAAUCUUGGCAAGCGGCGGUUCGAGGGUGCCGCUGCCACCUCCACACCGGCGAAGCAAACCAAAGAGGAGGAGAAUAUUCUCACCAUUUCACUGGACGAUGACGACGACGAUGAUGAGCCAGAGCCAGACUCGGAGCUGGUGGACACGCCCAUGACAAGCAUAUUCAAGAAGAGCGAUGGCAUCCCCGGGCUCGAUCUGGUCGAGGACGGCGCCAAGCCGGGCGUCGGCGGAGGUGCCGCAGAUGACAACAAGAAGAUCCCGUCGCUGUUCGAUGUGGUCAUCAAGAACCCUGGUGAUCAGGCAGCAGCCGUCGUCGGCGCUGCUUCGGCAGCCGUGAACGAAGGAGUCCCCUCCGCUGCUGAGGCCGACGCCAAGCAGACGGCGGACGAAUCUCUGCCGGCGAAUGUGUCCAUUGCCCUCAAGGAUCCCAAUUUCAUCAACAAUCUCACACAGGCAGUGGCCAAGGCCCAGGAGCGGAUGAGCGAGAAGGGCGGUGCAGGAGCAGGAGCAGGAGCCAACGAUUCAUCGGAGGCAGGAAGCGCCGGCAAUAAGGGACGGCCCUUGUCCUUUGCCGAAUGGCAGCGCAAGAAGAAAGUCCAUUCCCAUUCGCAGUCUCAAUCGCCGGGGAAUGUGGACAAGCUCUCGCAGGACUCCAGGGAGUCGAUGAUGAGUCGCGAUAGCGGUGGCGAUGCCGGGGACGCACGCAGCCGUAGCCGUGGACCCUUGGACAUGGAUGAUCAGCAUUCUCGGCUGCAUCGUGGAUUUGGUGGCGAUGGUACCGGUCCUCAUUCCGGUCCUGGUACUGGCUUUCGAGAUGGCCCCGGGCCCUUUGGUCCCAAUCAAAUGAAUCAAAUGGGACCCGGGCAGGUUCCGGGCGAUAAUUUCACGGACUUUAGCAAGAACUUCGAUGGAAAUGGUCCCCCCGGCUUCGGGCCGAAUGGCAGGAAUUUCGGACCUGGACACGGAACUGGACAUGGACCUGGACCUGGACCAGGACCUGGACCUGGACCUGGACCUGGACUUGGACCCAACUUUGGCCCUAAUGGCGGCCGCAAUUUCGGUCCAAACGGUGGCCCACAUCCGCCCUUUGGUCCUGGAGGACCCAACUUUGGUCCCAAUGGCCCCAACUUUAGACCGAAUUUUGGCCCCAAUAAUGGACCAAAUGGUCCGAACUUUGGUCCUAAUUUCGGACCCAAUUUCGGGCCCCACAAUCGCGGAGGCGGUGGCGGUGGGCCUGGACCCGGACCCGGACCUGGACCCAAUUUUGGUCCGAAGUUCCGUGGACCUGGCCCUGGACUCGGCCAUGACUCGGGACCGUUUAAUCCAUUUGGCUUUGGUGGAGGCCCUGGUGGUCCUGGAGGUCCUGGACCCAACUUUGGAGGAGGACCCAACUUCGGUGGAGGACCUGGAGGACCCCCGAAUAAUCCCAACAAUAGUGAUAAUCCAUUCCGGCGCAACUCCGGUCCACCGAUGCCCAAUUUUGACGAGGACCUGGGCGGAGGUCCUCCGCGCAAUCGUCGAAACUUUGGACCAGGACCAGGACCAGGCAGUGGAGGCCUAGGCGGAAACAUGAUGAACUUUGGAAACCGGAAACCAUGGGAUGACGGACCGGAGCAGCCGCCGCCGCAGCAUCCACUAGCACUGGGGCCACAGGGGCCGCCGCCAUUCCGCUCUCAUUCUCAUUCACAUUCACGGGUGGAGCCAAACGAGGAUCAGGACCAGGACCAGGACGAUGACGAACCCGUGUACCGUCCCAUGAAGGUGUUCGACUACCAGAACAAGACGCCCGCCCCCAAGGUCAUCGACUAUGGCCACAAGUCGGCCACAAUGGGCGGGGGAGGCGCUGCCUCCUCGAUAUCAUCUGGCGAUGGGCUGCCCGAAUUUCGGCCCCUGAAGACCUUUGACUAUGGACACGCCUCGAGCAAUGGCUAUGGCCCAGUGGGCGGCAGAAUGAUGCCAGGACUAGCACCAAGAAUGAUGGGAUCUGGACGCGGAGGCGGACGCGGAGGUGGACGCGGCGGAGCACCGCAAGGAAUGGGGAUGGGACCAGGAUUAGGAAUAGGAGUCGGAGCAGCCGGACCCUCAGCUGGAACCGGACUCGGACCCGGACCCGGACCUGGACCUAAUGAAAAAGCCUUAAACAAGCGUAACAAAAAAAGAAAGAAACAGUUGCGCCAGCAGGAGCGCCUGCAAAUGCAUCAGAGUCGUCAGCUUCAAACGAUUCCGUCCGAAGAGAGCGAUCAGCAGACACCUGUCCCACCGCAGGGACAGAACAGUUUGAAGCAGUCCGAUGAUCUCGAGGAUAUCUCCGAUGGGGAAGAUAAUCUCGUGGAAAUGCGCGAUGAUGAGUCCCUGCCAUCGCCGCCAUCGAUGCACAUUAAUAAUAGCAUCUCUUACGGCGGAGAAUCCUUCAAGAAGGCCUUCCCCGCCAAUCCGCAGCGUCGCAUGCUGGGCGAGGCCCCACUGAUACCGAAAACAGAACCCAUGCCGUCGUCAUCGGUGGAUGCUCCUUCUGCGCCGCAAUCUCUGUUUCCGUCGGAGGCAAAGGCCAAUGAGGAUGUACCCGCCGGCCAUGUCCCUGCCCCACAUUUGGAGAUGAGUGUGCCCACGAACGAGAAUCACAAUACCAUAUCGAUCGAUGAGAUUCUGUUGUCGCCCGGCCGAUUGACGCGUCCCAAGCGCAUUUGUGUUAUCCUACGCGGACCACCGGGCAGCGGCAAGUCCUAUGUGGCACGCCUUAUCAAGGAAAAGGAGCUGGAAAUGGGCGGGGCCACACCGCGUAUACUCAGCAUCGAUGAUUACUUCAUCAUUGAGAAUGACUACGAGGAGAAGUGCCCCAAAACGGGGAAGAAGAUACCCAAAAAGGAGCUGCUGUACGAGUACGAUGAUACCAUGGAGGAGACCUACAUGCAAUACCUGAUCAAAUCGUUCAAGAAGACGCUUAGCGAUAAUCUGUACGACUUUAUAAUUGUGGAUUGCAAUAACAAUUCGCUGCGCACACUCAACGAGUUCUACUGCCAUGCAAAGGACUCGAAUUUUGUGCCGUACAUUGUGGACCUUCUGUGCGAUGUGGAGACUUGUCUGGGACGCAAUGCGCACAAGCGCACCACAGAGGAGAUCCAGUUGGCGCUGGAUAAUUGGAACGAGACGCCGCUGCAGUACAUCAAGCUGGACGUGGCCACGCUGCUGGAGAAUGUGGUCGAGAUGGAAGAUGUUGAGAAUAUGGCAACGGAUGAUAAUGCCUAUAGCGAGGACACUGCUUCGAAUGCCACCAAUGCCCAGGCAUCAGCCACUGGGCUUGUUGGGGAUCUUGUGCCCACCGCCGCCGCAAACGCUGCCAGUGCCGUUGCCGUCGCCGUCGCCGCCACUGCCGCUGUCGACGGAACGACAGAUGACAGCAACGGCGAUGAUAUCUGCUACGAUUUUGGCAAUUUGAAAAGCAAGUGGGAAAGCGACAACACCGAGGAUAAUCUAGCCCGUCUGGACGGCACCAUGCGAAUCCUGAAGAAAAGCAAGACAGCCAGCAUGGCCGAAUAUCUGCAGCUGGACGAUUGGGAGCCACCAAAAACAUCAGUCGAUGGCAAGAAGCGAGUGCGCUGGGCGGACAUCGAGGAGAAGCGCGCCCAGGACAAGAUGCGUGCCAUUGGCUUUGUGGUGGGGCAGACCGAUUGGAAGCGCAUGAUGGAUCCCAAUGCCGGCAAUCGUGCCCUUAACAAAACGAAAUACAUUGAACGCGUCAAAAAGCGACGCUAGCACAGCGAGACAGCGAGAGAGAGGGAGAAAGAGAGAGACGAAAAUGAUGAUGAUGAGUGGCAUGAGGGGGGGUCACUCUUUUUUUAAUUUUUUUUUUUUUGUCGAAAGUUUUCAUUACCUUACCUGGCACGCGACUGCCAAACACGAUUGCAUUUCCGAAUGGAAUCAUUUAAAAGUGAAAACCCCAAAGUUCUAGUAUAAUUCUAUUGUAAAUUUACUUAAAUGACGAGUAUCUUCCACUACCCAUUCGGUAUAUAAUUUGUUUCAGUUUUUAGCAAAACGUAGAAAUGAUCUUUCUUUGCGAUGCGUUUCCGUGUUCGAAUGGAUAACCCCCAUUCGAUUAGGUGGCCCCUCCUACCGCACUCCAACAGUGUACACAGCAUGUAUUUUAAUUGUAAAUUAUAAUCUAAUAUUAAGUUAAAGCAAAUGCAUUUGGAAAGAAAAACCAACAAUAUGUAUAAUAAAUGCCAUGCAUAAACACAUCAAUGGCCACAUAA